CUACGCUCGGGUCAAGGGCGUUUGUCGCUGUGUCUGUCCUGAGAACAGAGACGUCAGCACCAACUGUCAGACACUGAAAAAUGGCCGUAAGCCUAUGAUACAAAAAUUCAUUUUUUCAGUUUCAUAACAUCACAAACAGUUUUACAAUGUAUUCAUUUGAUUGAUAUUAACCACGUAUUCUCAUAUUCAAUUUGCAAUAAACUGGUGAUCUCAUAACACAUUUUACUAACCAAUUUUUCUUAUGAUGAAUUAAUAUAAACGAAUAUUACUUGUAUCUUCCAGCCUCGCCCGUGGCCGUUUGGCCAAGUACUCCCAUCGUCCUUCUGGCUGGAGGCCCGAGCCAUUCUUGCCCAACAGGUUUUGACUCAACGCCUGGUUGGUUUUCGUUUACCGGUAAAUACGCA